GAGGAUCUCCCCGGUCCGUAGCGCGGUAGAAGACGUGUCCUCCAUUUAAAAGUGGGUCUCCAUUAGACCAGUGAGACCUGCUGACCCAGGUCCCGGACUCCAGACUCCCGGACCUCUUCAGACCGACUCCUCAGCUGCUUCAGGUAACCCGCCACUCGGCCAGAAACCAGCAGAAACCCGGACUGGAUCCCGGACUGGAUCGGUCCCUUCACUCUGAGACCAAAUGGCUUCCAGAUCAGAGGAGGAUCUCUGCUGUCCGGUCUGUCGCGAUGUCUUUAGGGAUCCUGUUCUUCUGUCAUGUAGCCACAGCUUCUGUAAAGUCUGUCUGAAGACCUGGUGGAGACAGAAACAAGCUCGAGAGUGUCCAGUCUGUAAGGCGACGUCUUCAAGGUCCAAACCACCUCGUAACCUGGCGUUGAAGAACCUGUGUGAGGCCUUCUUACUGGAGAGAGAUCAGGGACCUUCAGAGGCUCUCUGCAGUCUGCACUCUGAGAAACUCAAACUCUUCUGUCUGGACCAUCAGCAGCCGGUGUGUGUCGUCUGUCUGCAUUCAGAAACACACUCCAACCACAGAAUCAGACCCGUCGAUGAAGCUGCACGACAACACAGGAAGGAGCUUCAGGAGACUCUGGAGCCCUUAAAGGAGAAGUUAAAGGGUUUUGAACAAGUUAAAGUGAAGUGUGACCAGACAGCAGGACACAUAAAGGUCCAGGCCCGACGCACAGAGACGCAGAUUAAGGAGCAGUUUAAGAAGCUUCACCAGUUUCUGGAAGAGGAAGAGGAGGCCAGGUUGGCUGCACUGAGGGAGGAAGAGGAGCAGAAGAGUCGGAGGAUGAAGAAGAAGAUGAAGGCUCUGAGCAGAGAGAUAGCAGCUCUUUCAGACUCAGUCAGAGCCACAGAGGAGCAGCUGAGAGCUGAAGACGUCUCAUUCCUGAUCAACUACAAGGCUCCAGUGGGAAGAGUCCAGCAGCGCCCCCUGCUGGAGUAUCCACAGCAGCUCUCAGGAGCUCUGAUAGACGAGGUCCAACACCUGGGCAACCUGGGCUUCAACAUCUGGACCAAGAUGAAGGACAUGGUCUCCUACACUCCUGUGAUUCUGGACCCAAACACUGCUCAUCCAACCCUCAUCCUGUCUGGAGACCUGACCAGUGUGAGAGGAGGAGAGAUACAGCAGCUCCCUGAUAAUCCAGAGAGGUUUGAUAAAUACCUCUCUGUCCUGGGCUCUGAGGGCUUUAACUCAGGGACUCACAGCUGGGAUGUUGAGGUUGGAGACAGUACACUCUGGGCACUGGGUGUGUUAGCAGAGUCUGACGAGAGGAAGGGAGAAGAAAAGUCUGGGUUAUGGGUAAUAAUGGUCUAUCAAGGUGACUACUCAGUAGGGUCACCAACAGAUCCACUCACUGAUCUCAGAGUGCAGAAGAAGUUCCAGAGGAUCAGAGUGACUCUGGACUGGAACAGAGGAGCACUGUCGUUCUCUGAUGUUGAUACUAACACACACAUACACACCUUCACACACACUUUCUCUGAGAAGAUGUUUCCAUUCAUUGUCACUGGGGAUGAAGUCCCACUGAAGAUAUCACCAGUGAAGGUGUGUGCGACAGUGAACAGAACAGUUAGAGAUAAAGAGGAUGAUUAUAUUUAGGGCUCUAUUGAAACUGAAGGAAUUAUUAUUCUUUAUCCUGCACAUGAAUUUCCUUUUUGAGGGGCUUAACGUAUUCAAACACUCACCGUAAUUGGCGGUCACAGCAAGUCUGGUGAAAACGUACGUAUUUUAAAAGGUUUGGGAAUAAACGCAAAAAAUGGCUCGCUAGAUCCCCCUACCAAAUAAAACAAAUGGAGCCCCUGUGGUUGGUUUAACGUAGACCAACAAAACUUGGUACACAAGACGUACAAAAAAGCUCAUUGGAGCCACACCAUAAACCAACAAUAAGUUCGCCAUUUUGUAUUGAAAGUUCGAAAAUAGCGUGAUUUUGGCCAUUUCCACGUUGUACUUUAAAGGAGUAUUCUGGUUGAUUUCAACACGUAGCUCUGUUGUUUGUACAUGUGGAGGUCUGUCAGUAGAGAGAAAAACUAACCAAUCAGAGCUGUCUACACCGAGUUAGCCUCCUGCUAGAGUUAGCACCCAACAGGCUUCAACAGGGCAAGUUUUAAAUGAGUUUUUAGCCUCUUAACAUGUUCAAAAUGUCAUUACCAGUGCCCCCCCCCCCCCCCCCCCCCCAAUGUGCAGUGAUUCCUUCCGAGGGAACACAAUGAAUCUGACUGAUGUGAAAGAAAGUUGUUGAUCCGUACCUCUGUUUAUUUUCUUAUUUUCUGGUGAAGUCCACACUACUCGAUUGUUGAACUCAUACAAUCAAAUAGUCCAAAAUGUAUUCUUUUUUUUCACAAAAAAACGAUUUGCUGUUGUAAUGUCCUUAGUAAAGACUAUGUUGUUUUAAAUGUGUAAUCACAUUGGGAGCCACGAGACAUGGUCUCCUACACUCUUGUGAUUCUGGAUCCAAACACUGCUGGUCCCACCCUCAUCCUGUCUGAAGACCUGACCAGUGUGAGACUAGGAGAGAGACAGCAGCUUCCUGAUAAUCCAGAGAGGUUUGAUAAAUACCUCUCUGUCCUGGGCUCUGAGGGCUUUAACUCAGGGACUCACAGCUGGGAUGUCGAGGUUGGAGACAGUACAGGCUGGGCAAUCGGCAUGUUAGCAGAGUCUGUCCAGAGGAAGGGAAGCAUACAGACUGGAUUAUGGAU